UAUGUGUCUCAGAGAACUAUCAGCAUCUCAUGCAACCAUGGUCAGAGCAUUCUGAGUAGCAUAUUCUGUGCCUCAGAGAGCUAUCAGCAUCUCAUGCAACCAUGGUCAGAGCAUUCUGCAAGUGCUCUGCAGUCUUUAAUCAGCCUGCCAAUAUCUGGCACACUUUUGGUGUUUAGUUUAACUGUGAAUUCACAUCCAAGUGAUAAUACAAAAUGAUUGGGCUGUUCAGUGGUAGGCAAUAAAUCCAGGAAUAGUAGAUCUUCCAAAUCUCGAUGUCCUGCUUCCUGGAAAAACCUUCCUCUUACAGCUCAUUUCUGCAUCUGGCUCUGUUUGUGUGGACAGUACCUUAUAAGGAUAGAAGUGGAAAACUAGAAAGUUCUGUUCUGUAAUAGCACAGAUGAAUAGUAAUAAAAAAGGCUUUAUUCAUAGAAUUGUAGAAUGGUUUGGAGUGGAAAGGGCCUCAAAGGUCAUCUAGUUGCAAGCCCCCUGCCAUGGACACCUUCCACUGGACCAGGCUGCUCAGAACACCAUCCAGCCUGGCCUUGAGCACUUCAAAGGAUGGAGUAUCCAGAACUUCUCUAGGGAGCCUGAUUAUCUCACCCUCACAGUAAACAAUUUUUUCCUAAUGUCUAAUGUAAAAUGUAAACCUACUCUCUUGCAGUUUGAAGCCAUUCAUCCUUGUCAUGCCAUUCCAGGCCUUUGUAAAAAGUCUCCACCUUUCUUGUAGGCUCCUUUCAGGUACUGGAAGGCCACAAUUAGGUCACCUCAGAGCCUUCUCUUUUCCAGGCUAAACAAUCCAAAUACUUUCUAAGACUGUGAAAAGAAGUGAUAUUAAAACUGAUUUUCCCCAUAUCUAAACAGACUGGUUUCUUACAGUACUGCACAGCUUCUCAGUUUUCUAGAACGUUUCUUUGCAGUGGUAAUGAUGAGCCAGGUUCCUUCCUGAGGGUUGAAUUGGGCUUUCAGAUACAUCAGUGUUAUUCAUUAAUGAUGGAAAUUGGGCAAUCAGAAACCACGUGAAAGGAUUGUGAAUGGUGAAUUUCCCCCAUCUGCUUUACAUAUCUCCUACCCACCUUCCAGCCCAGUGAAUUACUUCCUUUGUAGCAUACUUUUCAUAUAGAAACACAUGGGUUUCAUGGGAGAUCUUUCAUAGAACAUGGAAAAUCGGAAUUGUAAAAUCCUAAGAUAGGAUUAAAAUGUUUCUAUGUCUUGCAGAUAUAAAUGGUAAUAAAAUUAUUCUAAGCAUGGUUGUUUUGCUGGUUGUUUUUCUUUACAGAGUUAUAGUGAACAUAAUUCACAGUGUCCAGGGGUACCAUUCAAAGACAAUACAUUUUCUGAAUGUGGCUUUUGACAGUUCUGGGGAUUCUCUCCUCGCUGGAGACCGCCAAGGGAAUAUAUAUGUUUUUGACUUGAAUGGGAACAGGUUCAACCUUGUUCAGAGAACAAUGCAGGCUUGCACUGCUUUGGCCUUUAAUCUUCGCAGAAAGACAGAGUUCCUUGUGGCUUUGGCAGAUUAUUCCAUUAAGUGCUUUGAUACAGAAACGCAGGAGCUAGUUAGUUGGAUGAGAGGCCAUGAAUCUUCUGUGUCUUCCAUCUCUGUCCAUGAGUCAGGCAAGUUUGCCAUCACUACUUCCACUGAUACAGCUCAACUGUGGGACUUGGACACCUUUCAAAGAAUAAGAAAGCUGAAUGUUCGUCAGUCUGUGGGUAUACAAAAGGUCCUUGGAGUGUUGAGUCAAGAUAAUAUUAUGAGAUUUAUCAAUAUAGAAACAUGCAAACUUCUUUUUGACAUUGGGAGUCCUGAAGAGGGAAUUAGUACAGCAGUGAUUAGCCCGACUGGACGGUAUAUUGCCUCAGUAAUGGAAAAUGGAAGCCUUAACUUAUACAGUGUCCAAGCUUUGACUCAAGAAGGAAAUAAGCCUCCACCAUUCAUGUUCAAAGUUGUAGAAGAUGGACCCAAGUACACCUCAGAGGCAAAUAAACUGAUCACAAAAGUGACUUCAGGAAGGUCAAAGGAGCCAUGGAAAUCCAAACAAAGCAAAAUUCAAAGCAGAUUACUAAAACUGCAAGCAAAUACAUCACUUGAAAAUAAAGAGAAUGAAUUGCCAGGUGGAUUAAACAAGAAACGUCUGCAGGCCUUAUUGAAAGAAUUUGGAGAAUAUCCAGCUAAGUACAGGAUGUUUGUUUGGCGUUCCUUAUUACAACUUCCUGAAAACCACUUGGCAUUCAGUAGCCUGAUAGAUAGAGGUAUCCACAGUGCAUUCGUAAAUAUUCAGAAAGAGUAUCCUAUCAAAAGUGGGAAACUGCUGAGAGUUCUACAGAGGACAUUGUCAGCUCUAGCUCACUGGUCUGCUAUCUUUGCUGAGACACCUUACAUGCCUUUGCUAGCAUUCCCAUUUGUAAAAUUAUUCCAGAACAACCAACUGAUCUGUUUUGAAGUUGUUGCUACAGUAGUAGUUAAUUUUUGUCAACACUGGUUUGAGUACUUUCCCAAUCCUCCAUUUAAUGUCCUUGGUAUGGUGGAAAACGUUUUGGCACAUCAUGACAAAGAACUACUUCAGCAUUUAAUAAAAUACAAUGUGACUUCACAGGUUUAUGCUUGGCCUCUCCUAGAAACACUAUUAUCUGAGGUUCUAACAAGAGAAGAAUGGCUGAAAACCUUUGACAAUAUUUUCUCCAACCAUCCUUCAUACUUUCUAAUGGUUGUCGUUGCCUAUGUUAUAUGUUCCAGAGCUCCCUUGCUCCACUGUAAUCAAGCAGCAGAUUUUGAGUAUUUCUUUCAUCAUCGUAACAACGUGGACAUUAAUGUUGUGGUUAAGGAAGCCUAUCAUCUUAUGGAAGCUACACCACUGGAUAUCCAUCCACAGCAUAUGCUUGAUGACUUCACACCACUUACGAAAGGACAGUACCCUGUGUUUAAUAAAUAUCCCGUGUUCAUUGUGAAUGAUCAAGCUCAGAAAUGGGAGAAGAUCAGACAGGAUGAAAUUGAAUACCUGCGAGAGAGACAAUUAGCACAUGAAUCAGAAGCCAAAGCACAGGAACAGAAAGCAGAAGAUGAAGCCUGUUAUCGAAAGCAGAAAUUACUUCGAGAAGCUGAAGAACAGAGGCGAAAAAUCCUAUUGGAAGAAGAGAAGUUGGCAGAACAGAGCCAGAGGCUUGCUGUUGUGAAAAGAGAACUGAAAGCAAAGGAACUGCAGCUUUUAGAUGCUUCAAGAAGGUGUUUUCUGAACUACCAGCAAGAUCAGCUUCAAAUGGAACUAAAACGUCUUGAUGAUGAAAUUGCAAGAAAGGUGGCUGAAGAAAAUUUAGCCAAAGCUGAGCAGAAGCGCACUGACAGCGACUGGAGGCUGCAACGGCAGCAGAGACUCAGGCGUGAUGACCAGGAGCAGGAGAAGCGCUACAGGGAGAUUGUCGAGCUCCUGCAUGACAACAGGGUGAAAGAAGCUGAACUGCUGAAGGCAAUGAGGGAGACAGAAGAAAAAAAGCAGGAAGAUGUUGUACAGAAUAAAGCUCAGCUGGAGGAAGAGCAGAAGGUGGCUGCUGCUGUAGAUGGGCACAGGAAGCAGUUCUUAGAUGACAAAAGGAAUGAUGAGUUAGAAUUGGCUGAGAAGCUGCAAAGGGAGGAUGGCCAUUUUGAGGGACUGCACAAUUUAAAGGCCAGGUGUCCUGAAAGAGGGGUAGAAGUCCACCAGGUGCCAAGGCCUGAAAACAUCUGUCUCAAUGAUUUGUCUACAUUAGCAUCAUCACCACACAACAGAAGACGAGCAGAACUGGCGCGCCAGGAGUGGGAGCUGAUGGCAGAAGUCCGGCAGCUCAGACGAAGGCUCGCCUCACGGGCCAAAGCCAGGCACCCUCCAGCUCAUUUCCCAGCUACAACGUGGUCAUCUUGAGAAGAUUUGCUCUGGACCUUAGCUGCACUUUCAAAUUAUUAAUCAGUGAAAAGCUAAAUAUGUAUAGUGUGAUUCAGGAUGGAUCAUAGACUUAUUAAAGUCUUUUGGAGAUAUUUUUAUAUAAGAAUAAAAUCCUAGAAAAUAUAUCCUAGCUAGAAUAUGUCUUUUUUUUUGUAGCCUUCUUGUUAUUUUUUACUUCUAAAAUAAACUCAUUUUUCACCAUUAAGUUACUAA